GCCCAGGUGUCUAUCUUUGGUCGAUGAGAGGGAAUUCUUAGAAAGGGACCAUGGACUCACAGACCCCUCCUCCCACCUUUUACUGAUCCCGUUAUUUGUUUCAGGUUCUGGAGGGUGACUGCGUUACGGUAUUUUAACAGGUCAGGGAGAGCCAUGCCACCUGCCUUCGCAAGGAGGGUAAGGGAGUGAAAAAAAUCUAUCCGCGCGAGUUUAUGGUUCCAGAUAAAGGAGAUAUGUGAGUGGAGUUUUUUUUUUUUAAAGAAGGGUCUUGGGAUCCGGGAAGGAAUCGUUCAUAAGUGGUGUAAAGGUAUUAGGAGAGCCAUCAUCUUCACCAGAUGUGCUCUGUUGUGGAGAGAAAGGGGCACGAGUAAGGUGACACUUUUCUGUAGCAAAGAGGGGACAUUCUACUUGAAGAGUGAUGUUAGAGAAGAGGGGAUUGUCACUCCCAGGCAUUUGAUGUGGAUUGGGCACCACUUCAACGGGGCAUCAAACCCUCUGGGGAUUUCAGUGAGGUAGGGAACAGGGGCGUUAGUUCCAAUUUAGCGGCGUUUUGCUUGUACCCCGACGAUCUCCCGUACCUCCCCCCACCAGAGCCAGAAGGGCGGGGAUUGAAGUCUCCGGAUCUUUAAAGGUGAUGAGGCCAUCAUCGGCGUACAGGUAAAUUGUAUUCUCCACUGCUCCACAAUUUACCCCUGAGAUCUGUUCUGGAUACCCACAUUGAAGGGCUCCAAGGCCAGGGUAAAUAAUAGUGGAAGGAAGGGGGAACCCUGCCUUACGGCUCUGCUUUAGCUGACAAAUUGGGGAUGCCAAGCCAUUCGUGAACAGCAUAUCUGAUGGGUUAGCAUGUAAUAGUCUGUAUAUGUCAGUGAAUGAAGAAGGGAUGCCACAUUUAUCCAUAACCCGGAAUAGGAAGGUCCUCUCCACCCUGUCAAAAGCCUUUUCACCAUCUCGGCCGGUAAGGGCAAAGACAGCUAGAUUGUCAUUUGUGGGUAUUUCUACUUUGUUGACCAGGGCCUUCACGUUGUUGGCCAAGUCUCUGUUCCUGAGUAGUCCCGUCUGCGCUUCGCUAAUGGUCAUCGGAAAGGCCCUUUAUAUUAAAUUUACGAGGAUCUUGGAGAGGAGUUUAUAGUCCCUGUUAAAAAGUGAGAUGAGGUUGUAGUAACCUAUUACCUCUGCUGGAGUGUCCCGUUUAUACGAGGCGGAGAUCCUGGCUUCAUUCAUGGUUCAAUCGAGAUUUAAAAGUGCAUGUGGGAGGAAACUGGAUCACUCAGAGAUAACUCACACGUGCGCAGGAGCAACACUCUAACCCAUACAGAUGAAAGAGAUGGGAGUCCACAAUUUCUGUACUGAAUUCUCUUCGAAAGCAACGGUAGGGACCUUGACGGGGACAAGAAAGGAGUUUCACAACAACAAUCACAUCACAUUCCAAGCUGACGCCUGCUUAACUUUUCCCAGAAUUGGAACAGAUCCCGUGCAUUCCAGGUGAUUUUUUUUAAAUGGUGAAGUAUGGUUAAAAACCACCAUGACUUGCGUGGCAUGAAGAGGAUUUCAUCCAGUCGUGAAUUGACAAAGGGUUGUAAUGAUUACUCAAUUUUACAAAGCAAUAUUUAACAACAAAAAAUGCUUUCUUUAACUAUUAUGAUUUAUGAUCAAUAGCAUUUCAGGGUAACGCAUUUGGUUGCAUAUGAAUGCAAAGUGAAUUAUCACUGAAUGGCUUGGUUUUCCAGAUUGUAACGCGGCCAUAUACCACGAUCGUCCCUUUGCUGAGUUUAACAGCCAAUCGCAACAUGUAAAGUAAAACUUUAUAAACAGAUUCGGUCAUUUGUGUGAACCAGUCAUUAAUCAUAGCUGUAUUCAUUCUGAAUUUUGAAAACAUUGAUUAAACCCCAAAAUCACUCCCAAUGUGCCUAUGACCAAUUAACCGAGAAUGCAUCCAACUCAUAACUUCUUGGAAACGAACGAAGCAGUGGUGAGCUUGGGAUAGUGCUUGGAUGGGUGACCACCGCACACAAAACAGAUGGGAAGGGCUGCGGUGGGGCUACCUUGCCUGCAGAGCGCAGUGCAGAAAAAGACAAGGUUGUACAAUCGUCUGCUUCAACGCCUAAACUCUCUGCCCUCCCACAACCCGUGCUGACCAGUUGGUCAGCGAGGUCAAAUAACUCAACGGUGACUCACAAGGUGUGGGAAAGGCCCUCAUCCAGCAGUGGAAUGCAAACAGCGGCUGAGAGUGCGCCUAAUUAAUCAACCUUCGAUCGCGUUAAAAAAGUCAGCUGAUGUGAAAUAUUCGUGGCAACCGCAGUGAUUUUCAUCCUAAUUGGCUGAGCGCCAACACGCCUGACUGCAGAGUAUUCCCUUGCAAUUUGAAGUCGCCUGGCCACAAACCCUCCAUGUGAACGUUCGUAAUGAGACACACGUGACCACGGAACCACGAGAGCGUUAUUGAACACGUGAUAACCAAACGUAUAAAAGAGGGGGUUCUCGCGCGGCGCACUGAGCUCUCUGCUGCGGACAUCUAGGCACCACGGUGAGUUUAUACACUGGGGCUUGGGCGGGUGUUUCAUUAGCACUCUGUGUCACACUCGCUCGCCUCCUAAGCUAAACGUUACAGAUUCUGGAAUUAAAUUUGCGUUUUUACGUUGAAAUAAAAUGCGGCGUCACGGCUAGAAAAUGCGUCUCAAAAUAACGUCUGAUUUUACGUGAAAUUUACCAUAUUACUUAUGAAAAAAUAUUCGUAAUAUGCUUAAUUAUGGAAAAUGCCAGAAACUCACUUUGAGAAAUGCAUGUUCAAUGCAUUAUUGUCCAUGUCAUCAGAUUUGAAUAAGCGCUUCAUGUUUUUGGUUUGUGAAAUUCAACGCCGUGAGGCCUUAGCAAGUAGAAGGCAAAACCAUUUGGAUUGGCAAAGUGUCUGCAUGAGACUACAUAUCAAAAUCCUGACGGUGAGUGAAUUGACUUGAAUACAAUUGAGGUACACACACCCGUACUCGGCAUAAUCCUCAUCAUUAGUAAUGAUCCAUGCACUGCUGAAUGAAAGACUUUGCAAGCCGUUUUCAAAUCUAACAGUCUGAUGUCGAAAUUAAUUUAGCUCUUACACCUGAGCCAAUUUGCAUCAAUCCAUCUUUUCAGUGAACAUGACGUCUGUAGAAAGGGACCAUGGACUCACAGAUCCCUCCUCCAAGCGUUAUGCAGUCCAAGCGUGCCUCUAUCUCGCUGUGAUACCGAGCAAACACCUCCUUGCUUUGUUUCCCAUCCAUGUCUUGCUCCGUUGCUUAUCAGUAAUGAUUUAGUUUUCCAUGAGCACCCCAAACCUUUGCUUGCUCUCGUCCCCCACUUUAUUUAAUCGUUUUGAUUCCAAUUUGCCUUCAUUACCUGAACAAGGCUUAUAUACCGUGAUGUCUUUUAACUCUAGAGGGCAUUUGGCCUACUCUUCCAAACUAAUCGGGCAGGAGUACCCACACUUUACCCCAACAUACGCAACCUGAAAGUAUUGUAAAAAAACCCAUAGCUUUAAUUUUAAACAUCCCUGCCAUCUCCGUUUUCUAAUAUAUAAUUCCAUCACCAGUUGUCGUUAGGCGUCGGCAAUGGAGAACGGCAGCUCGGCGUUCUACCUCUCCACGUUCGAAGCCUCGUACUCAGUGCAGAUGGUCAUCUUUGGCCUCUGCCUGCCGCUCUAUGCGGCCACAGUUGUAGCUAACCUGCUGGUCUUCGUGGCGGUGCUCGUGUGCCCGGAGCUGCACAAGCCCAUGUACUUGUUCCUGGGAAACAUGGCGGUGGCCGACAUCGUCGGCUGCACGAGCUCCUUGCCCAAGCAGCUCCAAAUCCUGCUGACGGGCGACACCGAAAUCCUGUACGAGUCUUGCCUCGUGCAGAUGUUUUCCAUACACGUGUUCUGUAACGUCGAGGUUCUGACGCUAUCGGUCAUGGCUUUUGACCGUUAUGUGGCCAUCUGUCACCCGCUGCGCUACCACACCAUCGUCACAGCCAAAAAGACGCUCGGAGUGCUGCUGCUGAUGUGGACGGUCACCUCGGCGGUAUAUGGGGCCCUCACAUUCCUCGCCGCGCAGCUAAAAUUCGGCGAUAACCGGAAAAUCCAAGGGAUUUUGUGUGAUAACAUGGGAAUGAUUUUGUUGGCUGAAUCGAACACCAAUGUUAAUUUUGCAUACGGCUCGAUACUCAUGGUGAUCCACUUUAUCUUCACACUUGUUUUCAUAAGCUUCAGCUACUUAAAUAUAUUUAUUGAGUGUCGCAUUAAACGAUCUACUGAGAUUACUAAGCACGGUUUGAACACUUUGCUGACACACUUCUUAGCGCUGUCUCUCUUUUUCUUUGCGAUUUUUGUUUCCGCCAUAACGCCUCGUUUCAUCAAAGAUUUCAACACCCCCGCUCUGCGAAACAUGAGGUGCAUUUUCCAGUUCGGUGCGUGUAUUGUGCCGAUGACGAAUGUGCUGAUCUACUGUUUACGCACCAAGCAGCUAAGGAAAGGAAUGAGGAUGUGUUGUAAAAAUGCAUUCUUUGGUACACUUUUUCCACCAUUUUCAAAAGUCUCAAAUGUAAGUUAAAUUCAGUUUUCAAGAGAAACCGACCAUAGGACUCCAAACAUAUGAACCGGAAAACUUCCAUUGUUAGAAUGUUAUUUAGCAAGCUACUGUAAUCAUUUAUCCUUAAGCUUAACUUUUUUUUAUGAAAAAAUACACAUCAGUGGCAAGUUAUACGAGAGCUCAUCUCUCACCCUCCAUGCCCCCACCUCUGCCAACGUGCACUGACCAGAAUGGUCAAGUAUGGUCAAAAGAUCCAAUGAUCUACAGUGUGGGAAGGCUUUCAUUCACUGAUUUUUUUGAGAUUGCUUGGAAUGUUUACACAAAUAUCACGCACAUGUCCUUUGCAAUACGUACGUAAGGAACCACUGCUUAAGUGUAACAUUGAGUGCAAUGUGUGACCGUGCAUUAUGGUGUUCAGUUAAACAAUACCCUAUGCAUGCUGAUACAUUUACUAUAAAUGCGUUCAAUUGUUUAAAAAAAAAGCUUUUUAGUUGGCUUAGUUUUGAGCUGCAUUUGUUAACAAUUGAUUUUUGAGUACAGGCAGAGCUCGCUGAACGUCGGGGUUACAUUCUUGGAAAAUGCCGUGUUAGCAAAAAUGCGUUCGAUAAAUAAUAGACGUUACAGGGAAAAUCGAGUUGUGUUCCUUGGUUCGAAAUGAUCACUCCCUCUUUGUCUAUAUAAAAGCAAAUGCUCCUGUAUGUCUCUUACAGCGAAUCAUCUGCUUAACGCGGGAGUUUAUGUCCAGAAAAUUGCCACGAAGUGAAUUCGCGUUAAGCGGGGGUAGUUUCCCCAUAAAGAAUCAUUGUGAAGGUGGGGGUGCCAUUCCAGCCCGUAAUAUUAUCACUUUUCAUUUAACAGUUCAGUCCACCGUGUGACAUGUUUCUUUUGAAAAUGUAUCGUGUAUACUUAAUACAUCUAUGAAUAUGCUGUGUUUGAGAUUCAUUUAUUUAAAUAUGAAGUGUGUGAGAGAGAAAUGUGGUGAGUGAAACAAAAAUAAGGGAGCGAGACGACUCUACACACACAAAGAUGAUGGAACAAUGACUGAGGACGAAGAGGACGGCACGACGUGCAUCACAGACCGCAUCGCUGCAGUACCAGUAGCCAACGCUGCCAACACUCACACUGCUCAAAAAAAGUAGUCCAUCGCA